GAGCGCUCAGCUCUGUUGAACUCCCACCACCAGCAGAGCUGUGCUGUUUUUUUCCACGGCUCGAUACUUGUUGAUUGUGGUUUGACUCUCCGUUGCACGCACUCACAUCGUUACAGUCGAGCUAAAAAUUUGAAGCACUUGGACUCUUUAUCGCGGUGAGUAUGUCGGCGUACGUGCUUACUAUCGGGGCAUGCCAAUUAUGUGCUUAUGCUGCUGACAGCAACUACGGUGGGUCUACUUGUAACCGGAUGAUGCAUGACAAAUUUAAAUCACUGAUCCAUCAUGCAUCAGAUCUCAGCCUUGAGCGACAUCACACGGGGCAAACUAGUAAAAUCAAUCAGCGAUAUCAGGGAGUUGAGGUGCAAGCGCCAUUACAAAUUAUUUAAAGUUGAGUUGAACAGUCCACUGUCAUUUGUCCCCGUACGAUAGGACCUCGACACGUCAUCCCAAACCACCUUCUAUGCCGCAGCUGGCAUCACAAAAAUACUAAAUCAGCUUCAGUGUUACCAGUGAUUGGCAUGAUCGUAGCUCUCCGCCCGGUAAGAAGUUCUCACAACACAGAUGGACAGCCAGUAUCAACACACUAGUCGUUCAUCUCAAAUUUCAAAUGGCAUCGUAGCUCCGAACGGUGCAUCAGCAUCUCUCAUCACAGGCCCCUCCAAGAUAACCACUAACCAGAGAGACAAAGGAUAAAGCCUAUGACUGGACAGAAAGAUUUGAAAGAACCAUCAAAUACAAAGAACAACGACCAAUUUUCCGGAUGCAAAGGUGUGGGCUGUGUCUCUAGCGUUGGAACGGGCACGGACUGCAAGGGAACCAAGGCC